UACGGGUGUUCUAAUGUAUUUCAGCACGCAUACAGACAGUUGCUAUACAGUCCGGCACGGUGGAAAACAGCGCUGCCGACUAACAUCAAGACGACUGCAUUUGCCAUCAAAACCGAUCAGAGCCAUAACAACUUCCAAGAAUGCCGGCACUACUCAGCACGGAAAGGCUUCUUCUCCUCUAUCAUCGAGAACAUCAGAGAGGACAUCGCCAAGAACAAGGAAAUGAAAGACAACAUCAAGAAAUUCCGAGAGGAAGCUCAGAAGCUGGAGAACUCGGAGGCGCUGCAGGCGGCGCGGAAAAAGUUCCACGCCGUGGAGUCGGAGGCUUCCAAGAGCUCGGAGUUCCUGAAGGAAUCUCUCGGAGGGUUCAAGGAUAAGAUGGAGCAUGUUUUGGAGGAAGCUGGCAAGACUGAGAUUGCGAAAAAGGCUGGUAAAUUCACGGAAGACAUUUCAAAAACGGCCAAAGAUGCAGCGGAGAGCAUAGCCGACAGGAGCUCCAAGCUCGGCCAGACGUCAGCAUUCAGAACCAUAUCACAGGCGACGGAGGUGGUGCGGAACGAGAUGGCGCCGCGCGGGCUCGAGGGCCGCGUGUACAGCGCGCCCGCCGCGCUCAGGAAGCGAGUCGAGAUCGGCGAGGAGUUCCGUACGUUCGCGGCCGACACGGAGACGACGGGCGUCGAGCUGCACAAGGACUCCAAGUUCUACCAGCAGUGGGAGGAGUUCAAAAACAACAACCAGUACGUCAACAAGGUCUUAGAUUGGAAAAUUAAAUACGAAGAAUCCGACAACCCAGUGGUCCGCGGCGCGCGCUUCGUCACCGAGAAAAUGGGUAGCCUUUUCGGCAACAUGUUCGAGAAAACGGAACUAUCCAACACCCUCACAGAAAUCUGCAAAAUAGACCCAAGUUUCACCUCGCACAAAUUCCUAGACGACUGCGCUAACGACAUCAUCCCCAACAUACUCGAAGCCAUGGUCAGAGGUGACCUAGACAUACUCAAGGACUGGUGCUACGAAGGAGUCUUUAACAUCUUAGCGACACCCAUCAAACAGUGCAAGCGGCUCGGAUACAGACUCGACUCCAAAAUACUCGAUAUCGAGCAAAUAGAACUCGUUAUGGGCAAAAUGAUGGAUCAGGGCCCCGUUCUGGUGAUCACUUUCCAGUCGCAGCAAAUUAUGUGUGUCCGGGAUGCCAAAAAUAAUGUCAUCGAAGGCGACCCCGAUAAGGUUAUGCGAGUCAACUAUGUGUGGGUCCUGUGUCGGGACCCGCAGGAGUUGAACCCGAAGGCCGCUUGGAGACUCCUAGAGCUCUCCGCUAACAGCGUAGAGCAGUUGAUAUAG